AGAGAAAGAGACAAAAUGUGCGGCACUGAUCAAAACCCUAAUUCUGCAAGCGCUAACAAAACGCCAACAGCUAAUGGCAAUGGCUUUAGAGGGUCUAGCGUUUCACCAGACACUGUCCUGAAUCUCGAACAGGGCGACCCAACAGUGUUCGAACCAUACUGGAAAAAGAUGGGAGACAAGUGUUCUCUGGUGAUAUCCGGCGGCCAAUGGAUGAGCUAUGUCAGCGAUUUCACCAACGUCUGCUUUUUUCUGGAGCCACAAUUUGAGGAUGCGGUUAGAAGACUUCACCGGACGGUUGGGAAUGCGGUGGUGGACGGUCGUCAUAUUGUGGUGGGCACAGGCUCCACACAGCUUUACCAGGCGGCACUGUAUGCUCUCACUUCUCCUGGUGGGGCUGAGCCGAUCAGUGUCGUGUCUGCCGCUCCUUACUACUCGUCAUAUCCAGAUGAGACAGACUAUCUCCGUUCAGGGCUUUACAGAUGGGCAGGUGAUGCAUAUGCCUUUGAUAAGAAGGAACAUGGAGACUACAUUGAGGUGGUGAACACUCCAAACAACCCAGAUGGAACUAAUCGAAAAGCCGUGGUGAGAAACAGACCAGAUGAUCAAGUUAAAGGGAAGCUUAUUCAUGACCUUGCCUACUACUGGCCUCAAUACACUCCUAUUACUGCUCCUGUCGAUGAAGACAUUAUGUAUUUCACAUUUUCCAAAAGCACGGGACAUGCUGGUUCCCGCAUUGGAUGGGCAAUUGUGAAGGACAAAGAGAUUGCUAAGAAGAUGGCUAAAUUUGUAGAGCUGAGUUCGCUUGGUGUGUCCAAGGAUUCUCAGCAUCGAGCUGCAAAGAUAAUGGGCGUGAUUUGUGAUGGCUAUCAGAACUGCAAGGCCAAAAACCCUGAGCUCUUCUUUGAGCAAUGCCAGAACCUCAUGACUCAAAGGUGGAAGAGGCUGAGAGAAGUGGUCAAUCGCAAUGAAAUUUUCAGUCUGCCAAAGUAUCAGGAAGAGUACUGCCUCUUUUCUGGUGGACUCUAUGAACCACAACCAGCGUUCGCCUGGUUGAAGUGCAAGGAAGACAUAGACGCGGAGAAGUUUAUAAGAGGAUGCAUCAAAGUGCAAGGAAGAACUGGGAGAAAGUUUGGGACUGAUCAAAAAUAUUUAAGGAUCAGCAUGCUGAGCAAGGAUGAGGUGUUCGACCAGUUCUUGGAGAGAUUGUCAACUAUUAAGGCCAUUAGUAAUGGGUAUUAA